AUGAGAAACGUGUCUAUUCGAAACCCGACUUUCUCCUUCAAAAAAUACGGGCGUUCGAGGCCUGUUCAUGUCGACGCGCUUCACCCAGAAGCUCUCGAGGUGCGUCACUGCUCCAUGGCUGCUGGCAUACGGGGUUUAGUGCGACGGAUAGAGCGGUCUCGCGAGUUUCUAUGGAUCCGACUGCUAGGCGGAGUCGUUCUCACCGCGUGGGUGAUUCUGCUGUUGAGAGCCUUGGGCGCUCGCCAAGGUUUUCCUUUUGGCUCCCGGCCGACGUCCUCUAGUGGCGUUGCCACAGACGUGCCAGGGCUUCCACCGUUUAUGUCGGACGGGGCGGCUCCUCCGAACCUGAGCACUUUUGAAGGCGUUACGAAGUUGCCCUAUUUACGUUUGUCGCGAGCCGUCCUUACCGGAGACCAAGUCCUCGCUCCUGCGUCGGUCUCGCCAAACAGCACCGCUACCAGCCACUUCCUAACCGUGAUGUCCUCUUACUAUAGCGCCUCGCAAAACGUUAAGUUGCUUGAUGAAGCUCAGUUCUACGGCGCCCACGCGGACGGAACAUCACCGCUGCGGCUGUGCAGGCGUUUCGAGGCGAGAACGGCGGUGCUCACUCGACCGUCGCACUUCGGGCUUCGUAACCUAGCCCAUACCACUGUGGACUACCUGUAUCCACUGGUUGCAACGUUACUCAUGCUCGAAAAAGUGAACCUUGUGCGUCACAUUGAACAGGACCCGACGCUGUAUCCGCUGCCGUUUGUGGUUGUCUUCGAUCUGCGUGACAUCGGGCAGAGCGGGUUUCCACCGAAUGGCGGACGCGAACGACUCCUUCGAGUCAUCCGUAUGAUCCAUAGCCUCGUUGAAGAUGUUUAUUUCAUAGGAAGAGAUGUUGGACUUCCCUAUCCCGUGUCUGAUGCGGAGGGUUGGUGUUUUCGCGACCUAUCUGUUGGUGCGCGCGAGCAACCCAUACGGAACUGGGACUGGACCUACAAUCCGAAUUCGAAAGGCCUGAAUGGAAUAAGUGCGUCGGAACGCGCUGCAGCGAACGCGCUUCGUCCAUGGUUACUGGAGGCUUUUCGCCUCGCCACAUUCAAGUUUUUCGAGAAGGAAUGUUCGAAGGAGCAUGUGGAGCGCGCAAAACAGCGUCCAGCGCGGCCAGCCGUCGUUCUGGGACGCAGCUCGCAGCGGCGGCGUCUUUUAAACAGCGAUCAGCUGGCAGAACGACUCGAUGCAGACUACAUUCCCGAUUUUGGGGAACUCUCGUGGUGCGACCAGUACGUCGCGGUGCACCAGCGUCGCUCGUUGAUCGCGAUGCACGGCGCAGAGUGGUCGCAUUUGUUCUCGCUCGGGAAACCACGCCAUGUGGUGAACAUCGAGCUUUUUCCAGCUUUGGCGCGAAAGCCUGACAUGUACGCUGCCUUGGCAAUCAUGCUCGGGGUAUCGCGCCAUGCCAUGGCCCAAGUUCUGCACCUGAACGGGACCUCAUUCGAUCCAGCGUAUCCGGGGCACGAGGCCUGCAUUCGCAUGAUGGAACGUCAUCGACCGAUGUCCGCAGAGUGCUUAUUUCAGGCAAACCUUGUUCUUCAUGAAAGCGAAAUGGAUCAGCUGCGCACCUGGCUUGACAAUCACAUACAACGGGACUAG